AGUUGAUGAUUAAUGUACUGAAGUGAAUUUGUUUAAAAUCAGCCGAGAGAAGAACAACUGGACUUUCCGACCUAUUGAUUACUUUGACUUACGGGUGACUGGACCUCAUGCAUUACAAGGACUAACAAUUCAAAAGAGACAACAAACACUUGUCUCCGUCGCUCUUCACAGUCUUUGAGGACCAACAACCAAAGAGAUGGAAACAGAUUGUCUUCAGUCUGAGUUGAACUCAGUAGAAGUUGCAGAACCUCAGGAAAUUCAAACAUACCACAGAUGUAAUAUUGUGGCGUUCCUGAAGAGAAACACUUUUGUUAUUCUCACAGUUACAGCUGUUCUCUCAGGAAUUGGUCUGGGCUUUGCUCUACGACCCAUUCACAUGUCAGACAGGGAUGUCAGAUACUUAAUGUUUCCUGGAGAGCUGCUGCUGAGAAUCCUGCAGAUGCUGAUUCUUCCUCUCAUCGUUUCAAGUCUGAUUUCAGGCACAUCGUCUGUGGACAGGAAAGCUUAUGGGAGAAUUGGACUGAGGGCGGUUUGCUACUACCUGCUCACCACACUUAUUGCUGCAUUCACUGGCAUCGUUUUAGCCGUCAUCAUCCAGCCAGGGAACUGGUCCAGGAACACCUCAGCCUCCUCUGGUGGUAGAACGGAGGCUGUGCAGAGUGUGGACGCUGUUCUGGAUCUAAUCAGAAACAUGAUCCCCUCAAAUCUGGUUGAAGCUUGUUUCAGAAAGUUUAAAACAGUUUAUUCCAGGAGUGUUUCUACAGGAUUUAAUAUCACUGAGGCCGGUGAAGACAGUGAGAUUCCUCUUUCUAUCUACCUGCAAAGCAUAACCUUAAUUACUCCUAUCAACAUUGAUACAAUAUACUUACACCUCUUAUUUUACUGUCAUCAUUUGGACCCUGUAGACAACACUGUACCAGUGCCAGGCUCGUCAGAUGGUAUGAAUAUGUUGGGGCUGUUGGUCUUCUCUGUAGCCUUCGGCCUCAUUCUGGGCGGCAUGGGGUCACAGGGAAAACCGCUGAGGGAUUUCUUUGACUGCCUCAAUCAAGCUAUUAUGCAUCUGGUCAACAUAUUCAUCUGGUACUCCCCUGUGGGAAUCUUCUUCCUGAUGGCAGGGCAGGUUGUGAAGAUGACAGAUAUGGGAGAGAUGGGCCAGGAAGUAGGGAUGUAUACUCUCACUGUGAUUGCUGGCCUGCUGAUUCACAGUUUCCUCACUCUGCCCCUCAUCUACUUUUCUGUCACACGGAAGAAUCCCUUCAGAUUCAUGAGUGGUGUUCUGCAGGCUCUCGCUACUGCCUUUGGGACGUCAUCAAGCUCUGCAACUUUACCUGUAACUCUUCACUGCAUGGAGGUCAAUCACAGCAUGGACACACGGGUGACCCGCUUCAUGCUGCCUACUGGUGCCACUAUGAACAUGGAUGGUGCAGCCCUCUAUGAAGCAGUGGCAGCUUUAUUCAUAGCCCAGCUACAUAAUAUGAAUUUUGACUUCGGUCAAAUCAUCGUCCUCAGUUUGAUUGUUACAGCUUCGAGCACUGGCGGGGCAGGCAUCCCACAGGCUGGACUGGUAUACAUGAUGAUAGUGUUGUCAUCCGCUGGACUGCCCACUGAAAAUAUAUCACUGCUUAUCAUGGUUGAUUGGAUUCUUGAUCGUUUGAGGACAACCACCAACGUACUGGGAGACUGUUUUGGUGUCGGUGUGGUUCAGCAUCUGUCCAGACGUGAGCUGCAGAGCCCCGGGCCUGCAGGAGAAAGUUUGAUGGAAGAAAACCUCCAUCUAUGAGUUUCAUGAUACUUGACAGAAUCAUUUUCUAUACGCUCAUGAUUCGUGAUAGCAAAAUUACCAAUCAAACCAAACUUUCAGAGAUAAAUAUAUUUGACAUGUAUUCUUUUGACAUGCUUUGGCUUCACUUUUGAGCAGCUUGCAGUUUUUAGGCCAUGAUUAUCUACAGUCUCUGAUGUAUCUUAGCAUAUAACUCACUGUAGUGGUCAGGGUUUCUCACAGGGAACACUCUGCCACCACCUGGUGGUAGGAAAGUCAGUGACCCAGUUACAUAUGCUAUUCAUAUAGGCCUUUAUUGAACUGUUUAAUAUUUUAUGGUGCUACAUUUUAUGGAAUCAAACACAGCGCAAUGCUUCACUGCAACUGAAAUGAUUGUGGUGUGUGUUUACUCUGCAAAAAGCUUCUGGUUUAUUGAAUAAAAACUGAACAUCAGAA